AUGAGUGUCGAAGCAACAGGUGAAAGUGAACAUUCAUCAUUGAUCGAUUUCAAAACCGGUCGAAGAUUUGGUAAAUGGCGAAUAAAGAAUAAAUUAGAUGAAGGUGGCUUUGGACAAGUGUAUCGUGUAGAGCAUAUUAAAGAACGUGGUCGUUACGCUGCAUUAAAAGUUGAGCCGAAUGAUAUCGAAGGAGGAUCAGCGAUCAAACUUGAAAUUAUGAUAAUAAAUUUUCUUAAUCGUGAUGGUGAUAAACCGCAUGUUGUAAAAUUAUUUCAUGCAGCAAAACAUAAGAAGUUUUCAUAUAUGAUUAUUACAUUACUUGGUGAAAAUCUUCGAACACUUAAAAUAAGUUGUCCGGGCGAAUAUUUAUCGAUGAAAACAUGGUCUCGUAUUGGUAUCCAAUGUUUAUAUAGUAUUAAAUUAUUGCAUGAUAUCGGUUUUGUGCAUCGCGAUAUUAAACCAGCUAAUUUCGUGAUGGGACAUGAAAGUGACGUGGAAAAAGCGCGAUGUGUACAUAUUUUGGAUUUUGGAUUAGCACGCAAUUAUGCUUUUGAAAAGCGCAAAGGUCAUUGGAUAGCACGGCGAGCUCGACGUUCGGCGGAAUUCCGUGGUACAAUGCGUUAUUGUUCACCGUCAGUUCACGAAAAAAAAGAACAGGGACGUAAGGAUGAUAUUUGGUCAUUAAUUUAUUUGCUUAUUGAAAUGCAUUGUGGUUUACCGUGGCAACAUGAAAGAGAUAAAGAACGACUGGAAAUAAAGAAGAUGAACAUCAGCGAUAAAGAUUUAUUGCGUCACUUCCCAGAAGAAUUACAUCCGAUAGUAUUGCAUUUACGAAAUUUAAAUUGCUAUAAUCGUCCUGACUAUACGAUGAUUCAUAAUUGCUUUCUUAAAUUAAUCAAACGGAUUGAUGUGAGUUAUGAUGAUCGAUAUGAUUGGGAAUCUGAUUUACAAGUUCAAUACAUUUUAAAGCAUCGAAAAAAACGACCGGAGUACGAGCAUGCGGAAGAAUUUUUUGCAUCUGAUCCUAUCAAAGUGAACGGACCACCACCGACAGGAUUAAGUACGCAUCGAAGUAAAACAGCAGAAGAAUUAGAGGAGAUAAUGGCAAAAAAUUCAUCUCUAUUAAAAUCAACUAUGCUCAGCAAACAAAAACAUUGA